AUGGCCGACCGUCUUUUCUCUCCGCAACGUGUCGCUCAGUCUAAGCCGGCCCGCGCGCGUCGCAGCGGCUCGUGGAACGCGUUCCUCUCGUCUCAAAAGUCGUUCCACUCGCCCACUGGCGCAGACGGUCAAGCCGCAUCCGCGGUCGCCGCGGCUGCCAUCCCUGCCGCAAUUCCCGCCGCCGCGACCGCCGCGCCCGCCGCCGGUUCGUCGCAAGCAGAAAGCGCGGAUGGCGGCGCAAGACCCGCCGCAGAGCGCGGUCGCGGGGCCUCUCCGUUGCUUCCGCCCUCUCUCAGCGAUAGAGCGCAGUCCCCGCAUCCGCUUACCUCCAGAUCUCCGCUUGGAAACGCCGCCGCCAACGCUCGCGCGUGGUGCGAGCGACGUUACCGCGGAUUCCUUCCGUCUCCUGGGGAAACCGCGACAGCGCCGCAGAACGCAUCAGCCCGCGCGGCAGGGGCGGGGGGGAUCACAGGGGCAGGCGGAGCUGCGCCGUCGAGCUGCAGGGAGGGUAGUAGCGCCGGCGGAAGCGACGACCACCUCGCGGGAGCAAGGGGGAGGCGGAGCAGGCAGGGGGUCAAUGCGGCGUCCGCUGGGCUCGCCAGAAUUUCCGACUCGAGUCAACCGAGUCAACCAGGUCAACGGGGUCAGCCAGGUCAACCGAGUCAACGAUCCCACGCCUCCCCGCGCCCGUCCGCCUGCCCGUCCGAGCGGUCGAGCGCGUGGGGGCCAGGCGGAAGCAGCAGCACGAGCGAUUAUAGCGAGGGGACGGACGACGAGGAUGCGAUGUGGGAGGAUAGCGACUGGAUGUCCGCGGAAGGGGGGGACGGGGGAGAAAACUGCGGAAAGUGGUGGUCUUUCGAGAGAUGGGGGACAAAAAAACGCGGAAAUACGAAUACUGAGGGUAAUUACCCCUCCUGGGCUGGUUGGGGCAGGAAAAGUUCUUGGGGAAGCCGAGGACGGGCAGGGGGAGGGGAGAGGGGGGGAGCUGGUGGCGCGGAGAUCCCAAGGGGGGAAGUCCAGGUGGUGGUGAGGGGAACAGCGUGUGACAGAAACGAGGGUGCUUUUACCAAAACUGCGAAUUUCCGGAAUAAGAAACGACAGAAGCAAGGAUCGUUUGGCAGCAAGGGCAGAGUGGGGAGGAGAAGAAACGCAGAGGAGGGGGAGGAAGAAGAGAGGGACCGGGGGUUGCUGUGGAAGCUUCUGAGCAAGUGCAGCGUGGAGAAGUGCCUCGAGCUGACUCACUUGGCGCGCUUCCUGUGUCUACUCAUGUGGGCGGCUGUGACUGUGGCGGUGGCGUUUGUCGUUUUCUGGGUGACGUAUCGGAGCUUCCAGGCAGCGAGGCAGGCGGAGGUGGAGCAGGAGUGUGACAAAUGGACGUCGCUGCUGGAGAGCCACUUCAGCCAAUCUGCUGACCAGGUGCGGCUGCUGGGAGCGGUCGUCUCCACCUUCUUCUUCCAAACGCCAAACGCCACUCUCGAUCAGCCCACUUUCUCCUCGCUCGUGAAUGCGACGGACUAUGCCCGCCCGCUGCUGUUUGCCGCCUCCUUUGCCCUGCGGGUGACUCUGGCUGAGCGACCGGCGUUUGAGAAGCAGCAGCAGCAGCUGGGGAACUCCGGGUAUUGCAUCAGGCACGGCAGCGUGUGUGCGGGGAGCCAACCAGAAUACGCCCCCAUCGUGCUCACCAGCGCAUCGGCCUCCAUGAUUGGUCAGGGCCUGCUGGGUCGCUCCUACCGCCUUGACCAGCCGUUGAUUGGCGUUGACUCGGUUGACUUGCCUGAUGAUCAGCUGGCCUUUCAGGAGUUUCUGGCGUGGGCCGACCGCCCUGGAACAAUAGAGGCGGUGACUCGAGCGCGGGACGAUGGGGUAUUGGGGGCACUCGCACCCCCCUUCCGCCUCAACCUCUCCCUCUCCUCCAACACGCGACCCAUCUCGCACGGCCUCUUUAUAGUCUUCCCUGUUUACCGCACGCCCGACCCGCUGCCUGACGGUUCGUCUUCUAGCGAGUACCGGGCGGCGUGCCUCGGCUACAUGACGGCAAUCGUUGACUUUGAGCCGAUGUGGGAUGCGAUGCUUGCGGAAUACCACGGCUUGGCCCUGCCCAUGUUUGCACGAAUUUACGACGUCACUGGGAGCAGUGGGGAGAAGGGGAAGCGGGCGGGGGAGGUUAUAUACGAGCCUAGAGGACAAGAGUUGCCGCCCGGACAGGAGGACUCGUAUGCGCAUGUGAACAUGGUGAAUCUGGGGGACAAGUACCGCGAAUACGAGAUGCGGUGCAGGUACAACACAACCUAUGUAUUCCCUGCAGCGAGUGCAGGGUGGGCUAUCCUCGUUAUAGUGGUGAUGGGGCUCGCAGCGUACGUGUACUGGGCGGCGUGUGAGCGCGUGCAGCAGCUGGAGAGGGAUUACCAGCGGUUGGAAGCGGUGAAGAACCGCAUGAAAGCGGCCAAGAGGGUUGCGGAGCGGGCGAGUAAAGCCAAGGGGCUGUUUCUCACUACUAUGAGCCACGAGCUCCGCACACCGCUCAAUGGCGUCAUAGGCAUGCUGAACCUUCUCCUGGAGACGCCGCUCACUGUGACGCAACUGGACUAUGUGGAAACGGCUCGCACGAGCGGGCGGGCGCUGCUUGAACUCAUCACUGACAUCCUCGACCUCUCCAAGAUCGAGGCGCAGAAGAUGCAAUUAGAGCACGUACCCAUGGACGUGAGGGGAGAGGUGGACACGGUGCUCACAAUGUUCAUCGAGCGCUUCCGAGACAAGCCGCUGCUGCAGGUGGCGGCUUACGUCGACCCGCUCGUGCCCGCUGCCGUGCUUGGGGACUCGCUGCGCUUCCGCCAGGUACUAAUCAACUUGCUGUCCAACGCGUGCAAGUACACCGAACGUGGACACAUCUUCAUCGCAAUCCGCACGGCCGACAUUCACGAGGACCUCCGGCGAGACGCUACCCGUAGCCAGUCCAAGCGGGGGACUGCCUACCAACAGCAGCAGCAGCAGCAGCAGCAGCAGCAGCAGCAACAGCAGCAGCAACAGGAACAAGAGCAUCAAGAGACAAAAACACAGCAUCCGCAGCAGCGUCAGCAGCAGGAGCAGGAUAAGCAGCUGGCACUGGCAGCACCGUCCUCUUCCGGGGAUGCCUCCACAGCGGUCAAUAGCCUCACUGCAUCACACAGCACUCCGAGCACUCACAGCACGCACACGACCACUGGCACUGGACAGCCAAUUUGCGGCAUAUUCGGGGGGUUGUUUGGACAAACAGCAGUCACAAGCGAUGGGUUGACAAAAGAGGCAAGUGACGGGCCGUUCAGGAACGGUCUGUUGAGGCUACGGGGCCUCUUUACUGGUGCGAACAGCGCCGGUGGCGGUGAUUGGGAUGGCAACGGUCGUACUGAUAACGGUGAGGGUGGUGGUGAUGGUGCAGUGCAAAGUGGGGAGCGAGAGUGGCAGGCAGCCCAGGUGAGUGGCAGGCAGGGGGAUGGUGAAGCAGCCGGUGCAUGUUACCCUGGGUCUGCCAUUGGCAUUGCCAUGCAGACCACGACCACGACCACGACCAUGCCCAUGCCCAUGCCCACCACCACUGUCUCCUUCCGCCCUGCCAGGCUGCUCUCGCGCACCAAGAGUGGAAGGGCCCGUGCUGCUGCUGCUGCUUCUGCUGCUUCUGGGGUCGGUGCUGCUGCUGCUGUUUCCUCGAGUAGCGGCUGCCACAGCAGCAUGAGCCCUGCGUGCGGGCUGCCUCUGGGUGCAUGCAUGAGCGAGCAGCGGCUGCUGGCGUAUCAGCAGCUGGAAGACGGACAGGAGGAGCCAGAGGAGCAGCAGCAGGAGGAGGAGGAGAUGGAGAGGCAGGAGGUGGGGGACAAAAGGGUACUGGUUGCAGAGCAAGGGCUGGCAGGGGAUAGAGGGCUAGUAGGGCAAAGGCAAGGCAAGGAGCAGGAGCUGUUGGAGGUGGUAGUUCAUCCCAGCCGCCCACCAGCUGCUGCUGCUGCUGCUGCUCCUACAAGCAGCGGGAAACAGCAGUACCACGAGCAGCAGCAGCAGCCGCAGCAGCAGCAGGCCCAGCAGCAGCAGCAGCAGCAGCAGCAGCAGCAGCAGCAGCAGCAGGUGCAGCAGGCGCACGUGACAAUGAGCGGGCGGGCGGCAGUGAGGAGCUGCAACAGCUGGCACGUGCUGGCGGCUAGGAGGGCUGCCUGGCUGCAGCAGGGCCGGCAGCAGGCGCUGCUGCGAGAGGGAGAGGGGGGCGAGAGGGACGAGAGGGACGAGGGGGUUGAGAGGGGUGAGGGGCGUGAUGGGGGUGAGGAGGGAGAAGGGGAGGGAGGCAAGGAAGGGUGUGUGGAGGGGGGCUGUGAGUGGGAGAGACGGCAGUUGGUGACAGGAGGAGCAGCAGCAGGAGGAGGAAGAAGUGGGGCAGCUGCAGCAGUGGCAGCAGACGACAGGCCUCAAACUGUUCGAUUGGUGGUUUCUGUUGAGACCCCAGCACAACACGCACGCACAUGCUGCCCCUUCUCACUCCCUCCCCCUUUCCUCCCUGCGCUCUACCCCCCUCUAUGGGAACAUUUCGCUGCUCCCCUCCCACCACCACAGGACACAGGAGACGGCAUUCCCUAUGUAGCACAGCGCACCAUCCUGAAGCCAUUCACCCAGGCAGACCCGAGCACGACGCGCACGCACGGCGGCACAGGAAUCGGCCUUUCCAUCUCCCGCCACCUCGUUGACCUCAUGGGGGGGCGCCUCUCCUUCUCCUCGCGCCCUGGCCUCGGAAGCACCUUUUAUUUUGACCUCCUGCUUCCAUGUGACCAGCCUCGGCCCGAGCCUGUGCCGAACCUGCAGCAGGACCUGGUUUCCGAAAGGAAUGGGGCAGCAAGCCUGAGCGAGAUCAGAGCAGCUCUGGUUCGGGCCAGGCUGGGCGCGAUCCUACUGGACGACCGGCCGGUGAGGCUCGGCGUCCUGGAGAGCCUGCUCAACAGGCUUGGCAUGCCGGUGCUCAAUUCUACGUUCGGCACUGGCUCUGCUCCUGGUGAGGCGCGUUUGAUGCAGCCUUUGCAGCAGCCUUUGCAGCAGCCUUUGCAGCAGCCUUUGCAGCAGCCUUUGCAGCAGCCUUUGCAGCAGCCUUUGCAGCAGCCGGUGGUGGUGUUUGUGGAUGGCGAGUGGCUUGAGCGGCAACAGCAGCAGGAGGAGGAGGACGAGGGUGAGGAGGAGGGGGACGAGAGGGAGGGGGAGAGGGAGGAGGAGGAGGAGGAGGGGGAAAGGCAACAGGAGGGGAUGGCUGCAGCUGCUGCUGCUGCUGCUGCUGCUGCUGCUGCUGCUGCUGCUGCUGCUGCUGCUGGUGCUGCUGGCAGUGAUGGUGUGCCUGCAGCUGCAGGCGGGGAGUAUGGGCGCGGGGGCACAGAGGGGUUGCGUGGGCUGCAUGCAACGCUCUCCAUGACUGAUUGGAUGCUCCACUCGCCCUCCUUGGACUCCCUCACUGCUGCUGCCGCUGCUGUCUCUGCUCCUGCUGCUGCUCCUUCUGCUGCCCCACCUGCUGCCGCCGCUGCUGCUGCUGCUUCUGUUGCCGCUGCUGCUGCUGCGAUUGCUGCUUCGGCUUCUGAGGCUGAAGAUCUGCAAAGAGAGAGUGGGAGUGAGGGAGAGAGUGUGAGCGAGUGGGGGGAUUUGUUGGAGCAGGAGAUUGAGGGGAUAGGAGUGGGCUCGAAUGGGGAGGGAGACAGUUUGAGGGGGCGGAGAGGAUUGGCAACAAUGAGAGCUCUCUGUGGUGAUGGAAAUGGUGUAGCUGGCCCUGAUUCUGCCACCACUGCUGCUGCUGCUGCUGCUGCUGCUGCUGCUGCUGCUGCUGCUGGCACUAAGGUUGCAUCUGCUGCUGCUGGCCUGACUGCUCAUCUUGUCUCUCCUUACAGCCAAGCUCCCCCUUUAGUGACGUCCUCUCCCACUCUUCUUUCACCCCCUCUAGUAUCACCGAACCUAGCGUCACCCCCUCUAGUUUCACCGAACCUAGUGUCACCCCCUGUAGCAUCACCGAACCUAGCGUCACCCCCUGUAGCAUCACCGAACCUAGCAUCACCCCGUCUAGUAUCACCGAACCUAGAGUCAUCUUCUGUAGUAUCACUGUCCCCUGCCUCUGACUCCUCCUCUAGACUCCUUACCCCAGCACCAGCAUCAGCACAAGCAGUAGACAAUGCAGCACCAGCACCAGCAGCAGCGGGGCUCGGGAUAGGGGCAGACCCAGGGCCAAGGAUGGGGACAGACGCAGGGGCAAGGACAGCAGGGGCAGGAGCAGCAGGAUCCGAGGCAGGAAGCAAGGCCGGGGCUCUGAAUUCCUCUAAAGCAUCUCCUGCUUCCAUCUCAUCGCCAUCCUCCAACGCUCUGCCGCCCACCCACCACGUGCGGGCGGCAAGCUGGGGCGGCUUUCUGGACGGGCUGGACGGCAGUCUGGGGAAGGGGUGGGAGAGCCCGCAGUUUGGGGAGAGCCUUCCCCCCGUGGGGGGAAGGGAGGCCCCUGGGGGGAGCCCUGCGCCCAUGAGGGGGGGAGGGGGGGAAGGGGAGUGGGGGAGCAGGCAGGAGGGGGGCUGCACACCUGCCCUCCCACCCAUCCCUCCCUCCUCUCCCUCCCCACCAGGGGAUAGGCCGCAUGUUGCAGCAGUAUGGCGUGUGCGUGAAGGAGGUGGAUGGGGGGCCAAGGCAGUGAUAGGGCGCAUGCUGCAGCGGUACGGGGUGCAGGUGGAGGAGGUGGACGGGGGGGGCAAGGCAGUGAGGCGGGUGCGAGAGAUGCGCGACGGUGCUGCCUUGCCGCUUGACUGCGUCUUCAUGGACAUUCAGAUGCCGGGAAUGGACGGCUACGAAGCAGUCUCCCGCAUCCGCAGCACGGAGCAGGAGCCCCCACCCUCUUCAACCCCACCUGCAACCACAUCACCCUACGCAUUAAAAGCACUCUUACCAGAAAGCCUAUCAGAUACCAAAAUCCCAUCAGCCACCAGAAACCCGUCAGCAUCAGGCUCCCCUCGAAGCUCACCAGCAGAGGCGGCAGCAGAAGCACCAGGGACAGGUGCAGUGAGGGCAGAGAAGGGACGGCUGCUGGUGAUAGCGCUGACUGCUGAUGUGGGUGCGGGCACGCGGGAGCGGUGUGCAAAGGCUGGGAUGGACGGGUACAUGACGAAACCCAUAGAGGAGCAGCAGCUGUCGCGCGUGGUGCUCCCGUUCUUCACUUUUGAGACGUCUCAAAAGUUGUCUACCCAUUGA